CUCGGGAGGGUGUGGAAUGGACGCCGAGGCCUCGGCGCCUCUGAGGCGACGCGAGAUGGCGGCGGCCGCUUCAGGGGCUAGUCGCUGUCGUCUAAGCAAGAUGGGGAGUGGCCGACGUCCACCUCCAGCUCGAGUAAGGGUGGCUGUGAGACUUCGGCCAUUUGUGGAAGGAGCAGCUGGAGCAAGUGAACCCCCCUGCGUACGAGGCUUAGACAGCUGCUCUCUUGAGGUUGCCAACUGGAGGAAUUACCAAGAGACUCUGAAAUACCAGUUUGAUGCCUUCUAUGGAGAGAGGAGCUCUCAGCAGGAUAUCUAUGCAGGUUCAGUGCAGCCCAUCCUAAGGCACUUGCUGGAAGGGCAGAAUGCCAGCGUGCUGGCCUAUGGACCUACUGGGGCAGGAAAGACACAUACAAUGCUGGGCAGCCCAGAACAACCAGGAGUAAUUCCCCGGGCUCUCAUGGACCUCCUACAGCUCACAAGGGAGGAAGGCGCUGAGGGCCGGCCAUGGGACCUCUCUGUCACUAUGUCCUACUUAGAGAUCUACCAGGAAAAGGUAUUAGACCUCUUGGACCCUGCAUCAGGAGACCUAGUGAUCCGAGAAGACUAUCGGGGAAACAUCCUGAUUCCAGGCCUUACGCAGAAGCCCAUCACUAGCUUUGCUGAUUUUGAGCGACACUUCCUGCCAGCCAGUGGAAACCGGACUGUAGGAGCUACCCGUCUCAAUCAGCGCUCCUCCCGCAGUCAUGCAGUGCUCUUAGUCAAGGUGGAUCAGCGGGAGCGUUUGGCCCCAUUUCGCCAGCGAGAAGGAAAACUUUACCUGAUUGACUUGGCUGGCUCAGAGGACAACAGGCGCACUGGCAACCAGGGCCUUCGGCUCAAAGAGAGUGGAGCCAUCAAUACCUCUCUCUUUGUACUGGGCAAGGUGGUGGAUGCACUGAACAAGGGCCUCCCUCGUGUGCCUUACAGGGACAGCAAGCUCACUCGACUAUUGCAGGACUCUCUGGGUGGCUCAGCCCACAGCAUCCUCAUUGCCAACAUUGCCCCUGAAAGACGCUUUUAUCUAGACACAGUCUCUGCACUCAACUUUGCUGCUAGGUCCAAGGAGGUGAUCAACAGGCCUUUCACCAAUGAAAGCCUUCAGCCUCAUGCCUUGGCACCUGUUAAGCUGUCCCAGAAAGAGUUGCUAGGCCCAUCAGAGGCAAAGAAAGCCCGAAGUUCUGAGGAAGAAGAGAUUGAGAGUCCUGAACCCACAGCAGCUCCUGCCUCUGCCUCCCAGAAGCUCAGUCCCCUGCAGAAGCUAAGCAACAUGGACCCAGCCAUGCUAGAGCGCCUCCUCAAUCUGGACCAAUUGCUGGGCUCCCAGGGGUGCCAAGGGACUUCUCUCCUGAGUACCCCCAGGCGGGAGCGGAUGGAGCUCAUUAAGACAGUGGAGCAGAAAGACUUGGAGAUUGAAAGGCUUAAGAUGAAGCAAAAAGAACUGGAAGCCAAGAUGAUGUCUCAGGAAGCUUUACACCCAAAGGGGAAGGAAAACUGCACCCUUACAAUGCUCCGACCCCUUCCCGGUCGCACAGUCACAGUGGCAAAGCCUCUGAAAAAGGCUGUGGUAAUGCCCCUACAGCUACUUCAGGAACAGGCAGCAUCUCCAAAUGCCACGAUCCACAUCCUGAAGAAGAAAGGCCGGAAGAGAAAGCUCGAGGCACCGGCCUCCCAGCCCGACCAGGGCGAGGACUGCUGGGACCUCGAGCUCAGCCCGGAGCUUCUGGCCCUGGGGCGCCAAAAAAUACUGGAUCUGCUGAACAAAGGCUCGGCCCGCGACCUGCGCGGCCUGCAGCGCAUCGGCCAGAAGAAGGCGCAGCUCAUCGUGGGCUGGAGGGAGCUGCACGGGCCCUUCGGCCAGGUACCUGGCGGGCAGAUCGCCGCCGCCGCCGCCGCCACCGCCGUCGUCGCCCCCACCUCGACGGUCUCCGUGGCCCCCGUCGCGUCCGCCUUGGAGAAGAAGACAAAGAGCAAGGGGCCCUACAUCUGCGCCCUGUGCGCCAAGGAGUUCAAGAACGGCUACAACCUCCGCCGGCACGAGGCCAUCCACACGGGCGCCAAGGCCGGCCGCGUCCCCACGGGCGCCAUGAAGAUGCCCACCAUGGUGCCCCUGAGCCUGCUGAGCGUGCCCCAGCUGAGCGGCGCCGGCGGCGGCGGGCCCGAGACCGGCACGGGCGGCGGCGCGGCCGCCGUGGCCGCCGGCGGCGUGGUGACCACCACGGCCUCGGGCAAGCGCAUCCGCAAGAACCACGCGUGCGAGAUGUGCGGCAAGGCCUUCCGCGACGUGUACCACCUGAACCGGCACAAGCUGUCGCACUCGGACGAGAAGCCCUACCAGUGCCCGGUGUGCCAGCAGCGCUUCAAGCGCAAGGACCGCAUGAGCUACCACGUGCGCUCACAUGACGGCGCUGUGCACAAGCCCUACAACUGCUCCCACUGUGGCAAGAGCUUCUCCCGGCCGGAUCACCUCAACAGUCACGUCAGACAAGUGCACUCGACAGAGCGGCCCUUCAAAUGUGAGAAAUGUGAGGCAGCUUUUGCUACGAAGGAUCGACUCCGGGCGCACACAGUACGACACGAAGAGAAGGUGCCAUGUCAUGUGUGUGGCAAGAUGCUGAGCUCGGCUUAUAUUUCGGACCACAUGAAGGUGCACAGCCAGGGCCCUCACCAUGUCUGUGAGCUCUGCAACAAAGGCUUCACCACAGCAGCAUACCUGCGCAUCCACGCGGUGAAGGACCAUGGGCUCCAGGCCCCGCGGGCUGACCGCAUCCUGUGCAAGCUGUGCAGCGUGCACUGCAAGACCCCUGCCCAGCUGGCCGGCCACAUGCAGACCCAUCUGGGGGGGGCCGCCCCCCCUGUCCCGGGAGAUGCCCCCCAGCCACAGCCCACCUGCUGAGGGGGACCCCUGCACCCACCAGGUACUGGUGAGGUUUGUCCCAUGGCGGCAGCAGCAGCGGCGGCGGCGGCGGCAGCAGCGGCAGCAGCAGCAGCAGUGGCAGCCCCUCCCACAGCUGUGGGCUCUCUCUCUGGGGCAGAGGGGGUGCCAGUGAGCUCUCAGCCACUUCCCUCCCAGCCCUGGUGAGCUCAGUGUUGAUGGGUGAGAGGAGAGCAUGAAGGAAAGUCCCUUGGUACGGUCUCUCCCCUCUCCUCACUACUACACACCAACCAAGGAGCCUCCAGAAAGGAAGAAGAAACGCGUUCUUAGGGGAAUUCGCUAGGUUUUCACAGUUUCUCCUGCUCCUCUCUUCUCCUUGUCAAGAGCUGACCCUACACACACCUGUCCCCCUGGUUGUGUUGAAAUCCCCUGGACAGUGGGCAGGGGUGGCAGAGAACAGGAGUAGCCACUGCCCUUCCCCCCUUCUCCUCUCUGCAGCCCCCUGCCCUUCCCUCCCAGGGAUUUGUGAGCCUUUUCCCUCAUGGUCCUUGCUCUCCUCCCUUUAGCCUUCUCCCUCUACUGUCUGCUGCCCCUCCCUGGGGAGUUGGUGCUUUCUUUUUGUUGUUGUUUUUCCCCCCCCAGGGGGAGGGAAGUGAGGAAAGAGGGAAAUCAAAAGAUUGUCCCAGAGAGGGAUAAGGGGAGAUGCCAGAAUGGGCAGAAGCAGGCAAGGCAAAGAUUGUACCUUCAGUAAGGUAGGGUUGUUGAGGUUAGGCCCUAAACAUCAUUCUACUUGAGAAUCCAUCAGGGGAAAGACAAAUCAAGGGGAGCAAAAGGAGCCACUAAGGCCAGAGGCAGGAGAUAGAAUCUUAGGGGGCCAGGGUAAAGGAGGGAAACCAGGGACUAGAGGUGCUUCCUGGGGGUGGGGGAAUGCAGCCAGUGUCCCCCCUUCCCUCUUCCACCCCAGCUCCAGCCCUGGUCUUUUCUUUUCAUCCCUCUUCCCCCAUGACUGAAGCUGUGGCCCUGGCCAUGUCAUCGUGUUCCUGUGUCCCCUGCAUGUUCCCCACCCUCCACUCCCUCCUUUUGCGCGGACCCCAUUACAAUAAAUUUUAAAUAAAA